AUGAACGUCAACAAGAAGUUCGGCCGCUUCAAGCAAUGGGCCGGCGAGAAGAUGGGCGCCGAAGCCCGCACCGGCGCCUCAGACGAGUUCCGCGCGCUGGAGAUGGAGAUGGAGCUGCGCCAUGAGGGCAUGAACAAGAUGCAGCAAGCCAUGGCCGUCUACGUCAAGUCCAUCUCGAAGCGCGCCGAGGGCGCCGACAAGGAGAAGCAGCUGCCCGGCGGCCACCUGGGCUCGGCCAUGGUCACGCACGGCGAGGACUUUGAGCCCGACUCGGAGUUUGGCAACUGCCUGUCCUCCCUCGGCCGCGCCAACGAGCGCCUGGCCCGCGUGCAGGAGACGUACGCGCAGAGCGCCACGUCGUCGUGGCUGGAGGGGCUCGACCGCGGGCUCAUCCAGAUGAAGGAGUACCAGAACGCGCGCAAGCGGCUCGAGACGCGCCGCCUGGCCUACGACACGUCGCUGGCCAAGAUGCAGAAGACGAAGAAGGAGGACUUCCGCAUGGAGGAGGAGCUGCGUGCCCAAAAGGCCAAGUACGAGGAGACCAGCGAGGACGUGUUCCGCCGCAUGCAGGACAUCAAGGAGGCCGAGGCCGACAUGGUCCAGGACCUGACCAGCUUCCUCGAGGCCGAGCUCAGCUACCACGACCGCUGCCGCGAGCUGCUGAUGACGGUCAAGCGCGAGUGGCCCGCCCCUGACGCGCCCCCCGCCCGCGCCACGCGCUCGCGCUCCAACACGGCCCACGGCUACGCCGAGCGCUUCAACCCCGUCGAGGAGGAGCCCGAGCCCGAAGUGCCGCGCAUGACCAUCCCGAAGCUAUCCACGCGCAGCCGCUCGCCGGCCCCCGAAGGCUCGCCCGGUGGCUACGCUCUGCGGCCCGCCCUGAGCCGCACCUCGACGCACGACAGCUACGGCGCCCGCGACGACUCGCCCGCCCGCCGCCUGGCCCGCACCCCGACCGACUCGGUCGUCAUCUCCAGCGGCCGCAACAACCUGCGCCCCGUCCGCCAGCAAAACACCUUCGCCGACGACUACGACGACGACGACCACACUGCCUCGGGCAGCAGGCAGCGGCAAUGUCAUCUCGCGCGCCGCGAGCUGGUCACAAAACGACGCCGCCGCCGCCCCCGCCGCAAAGCGCGUGCCGCCGCCGCCUCCAUCACGUGCCAAGAAGCCCCCACCACCGCCCCCGCCGAUGAAGCGAAGUGCGUUGAGUGA